AUGGCAGAAGUAGAGGAUGAAGAAAUCCGCCAAGCAGCUUUAGAAGGUAGACCAACCUCUGUUGUAAGAAUGUCUUUGCUUGAAGGUCAUGAUAGACGUCGAUACAAUCUUCCUUCCCAUGAGGAAGUUGCUAUUGUGUUUGUGGGAGAUGAUGGUGCUCCACCUGCAUCCAGGGAAAUUGUUAUAUACCCUCGAGGUCAGCCUUUAAGAACAAUUUCGUCAAUGUCUGCAAAUUUAGAUCCUUUGGUAUAUCCAAUAUUCUUCCCGAGAGGUGAUGCUGGAUGGCACAAUCAACUAGAGCACAACCCUGACCGUGCAACCCGUGUUAGAAACCAUGUUACUUUGUCUCAGUAUUAUAAUUAUAGGCUUGCUGUUAGACAAACUUUUAGUCCUAUAUUCUAUGGUAAGAAACUUUUUCAGCAAUAUGUUGUUGAUGCAUAUGUCAAAGUUGAGGGACAGCGCCUUGCUUUUAUUAGAAAUAACCAAAACAAACUUAGAAGUGAGCAAUAUGAUGCAUUGCAUGAACAUGUAAUUAAUCGUGCUAAUGAUCUUAAUGUAAGACCAGGCCGUGUUGUUAUAUUGCCUUCUUCAUAUGAUAUUUUUAAGCAUGGAGUCUUAGGCAAAGUUGUAAGUCAUGUGCAGGUUAUUGAGUUUCAAAAGCGUGGUUUGCCACAUGUACAUAUUUUAUUGCACUUUGUAAAUGCUGAUAAGCUAGAAACAGCAGAAGAUAUUGAUAGUUUGAUAUCAGCAGAAAUCCCAGACCCAGCUGUUGAUCCUGAACUUUUUGAUAUUAUAAAAUCAUGCAUGAUACAUGGACCAUGUGGAAUUUUAAAUCCCAAUUCUCCCUGCAUGAAAGAUGGUAAAUGCACAAAAAAAUUUCCUAAGGAAUUUAAUCCCCACACUGUUGCAAUUUUUAAUGGUUAUCCACGCUAUAGGCGCGUCGAUAAUGGAAGAAUUGUAAAUAUAAAAGGUAAUCAAGUUGACAACCGUUGGGUUGUACCUUAUAACCCAUGGCUUUCUAAAAAAUAUCAAGCACACAUAAAUGUUGAAGCCUGCAUGACCAUAAAGUCAGUUAAGUAUUUAUAUAAGUACAUUUACAAAGGGCAUGACUGUGCCAAUGUGGUGAUAAAUGAGCAAGUUAACCAUGAUGAAAUAAACACGUUUUUAAAUUGUCGCUAUGUCUCAGCUCCAGAAGCAUUGUGGCGAAUAUUUGAGUAUUCUUUAAGUGAUAUGUCACAUAACAUCAUUCGACUUCAGGUUCAUCUGCCAGAUAAUCAGAUGAUAUAUUUUGUAGAAGGCGAAGAACAGGCAGCUUUAGACCGUGCAGCACAGCGUGACACUCACCUAACUGCAUGGUUUAAAUUAAAUGUUGAAAAUGAAAAAGCCCGACACUAUCCAUAUGUUGAAAUUCCUUACCACUUUGUUUUUGAUAGCAAACAUUGUAAAUGGAAAGUUAGGCAAAGAGGUAGCAAUAAGGUGAUUGUUAGGAUGUAUAAAGUGAGUCCAAUAGGUGAAAUAUUUUAUCAUAGAAUGUUACUUUUGCAUGUUAGAGGUGCAGUUUCUUUUGAAGAUUUGCGUACUGUUAAUGGUACAGUUUUUAAUACAUUCCGAGAAGCAUGUUCUCAAUUAGGUCUGUUACAAGACGACGCUGAAUGGAGAAAUACAUUAACUGAGGCUGCUGCAACUCGGUUGCCAAAUCAAAUUAGACAGUUAUUUUCCAUUAUUUUGACUUUCUGUGAACCUGAUGAUCCAUUAAAUCUUUGGAAUGCCUUUAAAGAUUUUAUGAUGGAGGAUUACAUUCACCAUUCCAUGCCACCAAUAAUUGCUGAGCAGGCAGCUUUGCGUCAAAUUGAAUCUAUAAUUAAUCAGAAUGGUAAGACUUUAGCUGAUGUUAAUCUUCCUACUUUAGAUGAGUUUUUAGAUUAUGUCCCACAAAAUGAAGAGGAAGAUGUUCAGGUUUUAAUUGAUGAAGCAAAUAGGGUUAGACCAUUGUUAAAUGAUAAUCAGCGUCAAAUUGCUGAUGCUAUCCUUUCUGCUCUUAGUGAGCAACCUAACAAUGAAAACAAGCAGUCUAGAUUGUUUUUUAUCGAUGGCCCUGCAGGUUGUGGUAAAACAUUUACAUACAAUUAUUUAAUCGCUGAAACCAGCAGUAGACAUAUUAUAACUGCAACAGCUGCAUGGACAGGAAUAGCUGCAACUCUUUUAAAAAAAGGAUGUACACUUCAUGGUUUGUUCAAACUUCCUGUGCCGAUUUUGGAAAAUAGCACAUGCAAUGUAACUCCAAAUUCUAUACACGGAAAAUUCUUGAGGCAAGUUAGCCUUUAUUUACUAGAUGAGGCAUCCAUGAUACCUAAACAUGCUUUAAAUGCCAUUGAUAAGUUACUUCAAGACGUUUGCAAUAACAAGUUUCCUUUCGGUGGUAAAGUUAUUCUUAUGGGUGGGGAUUUUAGGCAAAUACUUCCGGUUGUAAAGAGAGGGCAACCAGCUGAUAUUGUUGAAGCCUGUAUAAAAUGUUCUCAACAUUGUGGAACAUUACCUUUAAAAGCAGAUGGUUCCUUUCGCAGGUGCAUUGAGAUUCCUGAGCAAUGCUUGCUUGGAGAAAAUGAAUCUUUAGUAGACAAGAUUUUUGGAGUUGCAGAAGAAGAUGAUUAUGCUAAACGUGCCAUUUUGACACCCAAUAAUGUUGAUUCUUUAGCAAUAAAUGAAGAAGUUUUGGACCGUUUACCAGGUGACGUUAAGGUUUAUUUAAGUGCUGAUACUAUUGAAACAGAUGAUCUUAACGAAAUCAAUAAUUUUCCUGUUGAGUUUUUAAACAGUCUUACUCCAUUAGGAAUGCCUGUUCAUUGCCUAAAGCUAAAAAUUGGUGCUGUUAUAAUGUUACUUCGAAAUUUAGAUCUAAAAGCUGGACUUUGCAAUGGUACUUGA